AUGGCGGCGGCAGAGGCGGUGCACCACAUACACCUGCAGAACUUCUCUCGCUCGCUUCUCGAGACCCUCAACGGGCAGAGGCUGGGCGGGCACUUCUGCGACGUGACUGUGCGCAUCCGCGAGGCUUCGCUGCGGGCACACCGCUGUGUGCUGGCCGCCGGCUCGCCCUUCUUUCAGGACAAGCUGCUGCUCGGUCACUCUGAGAUCCGCGUGCCUCCGGUGGUGCCCGCACAGACUGUGCGCCAGCUCGUCGAAUUCCUGUACAGCGGCUCUCUAGUGGUGGCGCAGGGCGAAGCGCUGCAGGUGCUCACGGCUGCGUCUGUGCUUCGCAUCCAGACGGUUAUCGACGAGUGCACGCAGAUUAUCGCGCGAGCUCGCGCCCCCGGCACCUCCGCGCCAGCUCCCCUGCCUGCGCCCGUGCCGCCGCCACUCGCGCCCGCACAGCUGCGGCACCGCUUGCGCCACUUGCUAGCCGCGCGUCCCCCGGGGCACGCUGGCACGGCGCACAGCCGCAAGCAGCGCCAGCCUGCGCGUCUGCAGCUGCCUGCGCCCGCCGCGCCCACCAAGGCCGAGGGGUCUGACGCCGAUCCCGCACUGCCCGAGGCCCCUGACGACCGAGGUGACGACGAGGACGAGGAGACUGAUGAUGAGACCGACGGCGAGGACGGCGAAGGCAGCGGCCCUGGCGAGGGCCAGGCGCCCCCUUCCUUCCCAGACUGCGCUGCCGGCUUCCUCACUGCCGCCUCUGACAGCGCGUGCAAGGAGCCGCCUGCGCCCACCGGCCUUGCUGACUACGGCGGCGGUGCCGGCAGGGACUUCCUUCCCGGAGCUACGGCGGCCGAGGACGUGUUCCCAGAUAGCUACGUGUCCGCUUGGCACGAGGAGGACGGCGCUGCGGCUGAAGGCUGUACUGCCGAGACCCCUGUCCCGCCCGACUGCAUCCUGGCCGGACCGCGCCCACCAGGCGUGAAGACCCCAGGGCCGCCCGUCGCGCUUUUCCCCUUUCACCUGGGCGCUCCGGGGCCUCCCGCACCAACGCCUCCCGCACCGUCGGGGCCAGCGCCUGCACCCCCACCUGCCUUCUACCCCACACUCCAGCCGGAUGCAGCCCCCGCCUCUCAGCUGGGGGAGGCUCCGGCCCCUUCUGUGGCUCCUGCGACGGCCUCCUUAGGGGCUCCUGCGCGUGCCCCAGGCGCGGAGCCGCCGGCCUACGAGUGCAGCCACUGCCGAAAGACCUUCAGCUCUCGGAAAAACUACACCAAGCACAUGUUCAUACAUUCCGGGGAGAAGCCGCACCAGUGCGCCGUGUGCUGGCGAUCCUUCUCGCUGCGCGACUACCUGCUCAAGCAUAUGGUCACGCACACCGGCGUGCGCGCCUUCCAGUGCGCCGUCUGCGCCAAGCGCUUCACACAGAAGAGCUCGCUCAACGUGCACAUGCGCACGCACCGGCCCGAGCGCUCGCCCUGCCCCGCCUGCGGCAAGGUCUUCUCGCACCGUGCGCUGCUGGAGCGCCACCUGUCCUCACACCCUGCACCCUGAUUGCGGUCCUGGGCCCGGCCUAGGCCACGGGGGGAGCGACCACACUAGCUCGCAGUCGGCCACGCCCGCCACACUCUCUCUGAGCAGGCCCUCCCUCUCUCCUCACCCGUUUCUCCUGACUAGGGCCCGGUCCACCUUAUUCCUCUCCACUGCGUACUUAGACCCUCCAGGUGAUGCCAGGCUGGGGCUGGUCAGG